UUUACUCGUGGUUCCUUCUUCAUCGUGGAGAUCUUUCUGUACUCGUUCAUCCAUUGACCAAAGAACAGGUUAAGGAUCAUACGAAUCGAGCUACUUGGUUGGGAGCAUCUGUUCCGGUGGAUGUUGAAUGGAUGCCACCGGUUUUAAAUAAGACUCCUUUACAAUAUCCAGAAUUGGGCUUAGGUUAUUCAGCUCUCACUGAAUAUUUAGAUUCCAAUGAAUAUUCAGUUCUCGAAGAAUGA